ACAGGGCUUGAAGGUAUGGUGGUUUACAAGCAGAACUGCUGUGCUUGCUGAUGACACAGAUUUGAUAUGUGCAGUUCUGCUCGGAGACAAUAUGGUGCAGAGGAUGAAGGAACUGGUUAGCACAAGCAUUGGAUGCAACUUCAUAUUUUACAUCUGAGCUCACUGCAAAAUUAUACAACCAUAGAGUGUCACCUAAUGCUGUCCCAUACAAACUCAUCAAUUCCCAUUCAAUCACACAUCCAGUCCACACACAAACUUAAAGCUUCUGGCACUCAUUGCACAGGAGGCUAAUGCUCUGGCAGCUGUUCCUCAAACAAACACUCACAAAAUCACACGCACACACCAGACGGGGACUUCCUGGGGAAUGAGCAUGGGGGCAUCAGCAGUAUUCCUAGCCAAUGUCACCUCAUGACCGGGAGGACAGGGAGAGAUAGAGAGUCAGAGAAAAAGAGGGAGGCAACUGGUCGCACUCAGACAGAUGAAACAAUGGGGGUUGUGUAGAGACAAACAGUUGACAUCAUUGUUCCAGAAAGAUCAGCCUGUUUGGCAAAGUCUGUAUGUGCAAGUGUGCAUUGGAGGUUAGGAAGGGGAGGGGAUUGCACAGGACGUGUAGAAACAGUCUUGACGGGAAGGGCCUAUAAAUGCAAUUCAGGAGGGCAAAGCAGCACCCAUCACAAACAAAAUCACACCAAAAGUUAGCUUUCCUCAUAUUUCAUUUCUCACAAUGGAUAUCCCCAUCCAGUAUCCAUGGUACCGUCGUGCCUUCCCACAUCGACUCUCUGACCUCCCUUUGGCAGAGCAUCUCACUGAGUGGCCACUGAUCUGGCCCUUCACCUGGUCCUUUCCUUGGAUGCGGUCUUCGUUCAUGCGCUGGUUCAGCUGGCCUGAAAAUGGACACAGUGAGAUGCGCUUGGAAAAGGAUCGCUAUGUGAUUUUUGUGGACGUGAAGCAUUUCUCCUCUGAUGAGCUGUCUGUCAAUGUCAGUGACGAGUUCAUAACAAUCCAUGCCAAACAUGAAGACAGACAGGAUGACCAUGGUUUUGUGUCAAGAGAGUUUCUGAGAAAGUAUAGGCUUCCUUCUGGUGUGUCAGGGACUGAUGUCACCUCCAGUCUGUCAUACGAUGGUGUGCUGACAAUCACUGCACCUCGAUCCUCCCCUGGCCCUGAGCGCAACAUUCCUAUUUCCUGUGAAGAUGGAACACCAAAACAGAAAAUGUAGAGCAGAGUCUGAGUGGAAAGGAAAGUCUUUGUCUUUCCUUGAUCAGACAUUUGAUUCAACACCUGUAUGAGCCCUGCAUUUUGUGACAGAAUUGUAUACAUUUGUUAACUGAAUCUGAAUUAGCUUGCAGCAGCUAACUGAGAGAAUGUGUGGGGACAUUCUUCUUCAAAAUUUCCACUAAAGACAAUAAAUCUGUUAAACAUCAAUCACUUCAUCUACACAGUACUGUGCGAGUGGAUGACAACUGUGCUCUGUUUAUCCUGUAAGAGUUUUUUUUGGAUGUGUGAGGAGGAAGAGGCUGGAGGCAUAUAUGGUAGACUUGUUUUAGAAAAAGCCUUGGGAUCAAGUGUGUUGAGAGGAAGAAACCGGGUGGAUGAGCAAGAGGGAAAGUGAUGGAUGAGGAGCAACUGACGCUUUGACAGCAUGUACCACUGGGCUCCUUUUUCAGUGUAGCAUGAUCUCUGAGCUGCUAAGGAUAGUGUACGUGGAUGUAAAUGAAAGUGGGUGCAUUUUGAUUGUAGAUGCAAGAAUUAUAGGUCACUUAUGCUGGCAACAACCAUCUGGCAUAUUAACACAGAAAACAAUAUACAGAAUAAAUGAUGAAACUAAA